UCCCUCUCCUCACUCCAAGUUUCCGCCGCUGAUAUAGCACAUAGCAAGAGACAGCCAUGGCUUCCACCAUUUCCCCUUCCGAUCAAGCUGCAGAUUUGAUUCACAAUCUCUCCCUUGAUUCGGACACCAUGGCCAAAGUCUCUGACACUGUAAACAAGGAUGUGUAUGGCGGAACCAAGAGUGGGAAGACUAAUGUCAGAGCUGUAACAGGAUUGAACCAAAAGAAGCUUCCUUUUAAUCAAAAGAGCGGCUCUUAUGGUACCUACCCUAGUGCCUAUUAUCCACCAGCCUAUCAGUACCCAAGAUACGGUUACGACAUGAACUAUGCUGCUUCUGGAAAGACCAACAACACUCUUCAGUAUCCUUACAUGAGUACUUAUCAGGGACGAUCAGGGAGUUAUGCUCAGUACGUGGACAGCAUGUACUCAAUGUAUGGGCCUUACAUGAGUAGCUAUGGAUACGAUACUUAUGGUUACGGCACUUACAAGCAGACUCCAAGUUGGUACAAGACAGCGAGUUACGGGUUUUAUGGGUAUGGUAAAGAGAAUGUCGCGGGGUUGGAGGAGUUGAACAGAGGGCCAAGAGCAGCGAAGGGUUUCAAGAUUGGCCAAGAAGUUUCCCAGUUGCCAGAAGCUCUGAAAGAGGAGAAGAAGAAGAGUGAGGAUGUUUCUCUUCUUCCAGAUUCAAAGGACUACAACAAGGAAGAGUUCGCUGACACAUACUCUAAUGCGAAGCUCUUUGUGAUCAAAUCGUACAGUGAAGAUGAUAUUCACAAAAGUAUCAAAUACAAUGUGUGGUCUAGCACCCCUAAUGGCAACAAGAAGCUUAAUGCUGCUUAUAAUGAUGCUAAAGAGAAGUCAUGCCCUGUUUUCCUAAUGUUCUCGGUAAACACAAGUGGACAGUUCGUUGGUUUAGCUGAGAUGGUAGGACCAGUAGAUUUUAACCAGACAGUUGAGUACUGGCAGCAGGACAAGUGGAUUGGUUGCUUCCCUGUUAAGUGGCACAUCGUUAAAGACAUCCCAAAUAGCUCCUUGAGGCAUAUAACUCUGGAGAACAAUGAGAACAAGCCGGUUACAAAUAGCCGAGACACACAGGAGGUAAACCUAGAGCAAAGCAUGAAAGUCAUCAAGGUAUUCAAGGAACAUGCGAGCAAGACAUGCAUACUGGAUGAUUUUGUAUUCUAUGAGAGUCGUGAGAAGAUAAUCAAAGAAGGCAAAAAAAAGCAGCAGCAGUAUAAAAAACAGCAAGCUUUGGCUGCCAUUGACAAAAAGGCUACUCCCAAAGCCGAGAGCAAAGAGACAAGUACAGCAGCACCAGAAGUUGCCUGCGAGAUAUCACAAAACGGUGUUGUCGAAGUAGCUAGCGCUUGCUGAAUGCAGCAGCAGAUAGCUUUCAGGUUUCACUGACCUUUGGUGGGGUUUUUUUUUUUGUCCGUUCUAAAUUUGCUCAGUCUUUCUUAGUGUAGGAGAUUGGGCCAGUUUGGUUUUUUUUUUGGUGUUGGUUUUGAAGGGAUGAUACAAGUAAAACCGCUUAGCAAGAUCCUUUUUUUUUCUCUUUUGUCAUUUGAGGAUUUCAGUUAAACAUAAAAAGAACAAGAGUUCAUUAAACACUUAAUGAUCACAGCGUAUAGA